GUAUGGAACUAGUUUUGGAUCUGAAAACCCGCAGAAACUGGAGCUCCACGAGCUUUCAGCUAGUAAUUCUGUAGAUCUGAACAAUUCCAGUCUUCACUGUGGAUCAGCAGAGUCCGUUCUGAGAAAGAAAUGAUCAUCAGUUAGAUGAAAUAAUUGCUGUCGUGUUUCAGGUCUCCUGCUUCUGAUGACAACUUCCCAAUCUGUUUGAAAUUUAUCUUCAGAAAUACUCAACCAGAACAGUUCACAAACCGGAUAAACUACUUAAACAGGGGAAGAACAUGAAAUUCAGAAAAAUGUCCAUUAAUCAGCCAACAUCCUCUCCUACUCAUCCCAAACAAAUCCAGAAAAGUACAGACAAGAAGAAAACUCACCACUGCCCAGACUGUGGUAAAAGUUUUAACCGUCAGAGUCAUCUUCAAUGCCACCAGCGCAUUCACACUGGAGAGAAACCGUAUCACUGCUCAGACUGUGGUAAAAGUUUUAAUCUUCAGAGUCAUCUCAAACGCCACCAGCGCAUUCACACUGGAGAGAAACCGUAUCGAUGCUCAGACUGUGGUAAAUGUUUUAGUUGUCAGAGUAGUCUCCAAUGCCACCAGCGCAUUCACACUGGAGAGAAACCGUAUCACUGCUCAGACUGUGGUAAAAAUUUUAGUCUUCAGAGUCUUCUCAAACGCCACCAGCGCAUUCACACUGGAGAGAAACCGUAUCGAUGCUCAGACUGUGGUAAAUGUUUUAGUCGUCAGAGUAGUCUCCAAUGCCACCAGCGCAUUCACACUGGAGAGAAACCGUAUCACUGCUUAGACUGUGGUAAAAGUUUUAAUAGUCAGAGUCAUCUCAAACGCCACCAGCGCAUUCACACUGGAGAGAAACCGUAUCACUGCUCAGAUUGUGGGAGGAGUUUUACUAAUCAGAGUACUCUCAAAACACACCAGUACAUUCACACUGGAGAGAAACCGUAUUACUGCUCAGACUGUGGGAGGGGUUUUACUGAUCAGAGUACUCUCAAAAAACACCAGCGCAUUCACACUGGAGAGAAACCGUAUUACUGCUUAGACUGUGGGAACAGUUUUAGUCAACAGAAUAGUCUCAGAAAACACCAGCGCAUUCACACUGGAGAGAAACCGUAUCACUGCUCAGACUGUGGGAGGAGGUUUAAUAGUCAGAGUCACCUACGACACCACCAGCGCAUUCACACUGGAGAAAAACCGUAUUACUGUUCAGACUGUGGGAGGAGUUUUACUUAUCAGAGUUAUCUCAAAAAACACCAGCGUGUUCACACUGGAGAGAAACCAUAUUGCUGCUUUGACUGUGGUAAAAGUUUUAGUCAUCAGAGUUAUCUCCAAUGCCACCAGCGCAUUCACACUAAAGAGAAACCGUAUUACUGCUUUGAAUGUGGAAAGAAUUUUAGUCAGCGGAGUCAUCUCCUACGCCACCAGCGCAUUCACACUGGAGGGAAAUCGUAUCACUGCUCAGACUGUGGUAAAAGUUUUAGUCAUCAGAGUUAUCUCCAAUGCCACCAGCGCAUUCACACUAAAGAGAAACCAUAUCACUGCUCAGACUGUGGUAAAAGUUUUAGUGAUCAGAUUCAUCUCCAAUGCCACCAGCGCAUUCACACUGGAGAGAAACCGUAUCAGUGUACAGACUGUGGUAAAAGUUUUAAUCGUCAGGGUCAUCUCCAAUGCCACCAGCGCAUUCACACUGGAGAGAAGCCGUAUCACUGCUCAGACUGUGGGAAGAGCUUUACUGAACAGAGUCAUCUCAAAAAACACCAGCGCAUGCACACAGGAGAGAAACCAUAUCACUGCUCAGACUGUGAGAAGAGCUUCAGGUAUUCUGGUAGCCUGAAGAAACAUAAAUGCUCUAAGAUCAGUAAUGCGACAGGGUAAGGGUUCCAAAAACAUUGCAAAGCAAAGUACUUGGUUAACUACAUUACAUUACAUUACAUUUGGCAGACGCUUUUAUCCAAAAUAACUUACAAUAGUAAAGAAAAAAAAAAAGAAGUUAAAGGUAACAACAUCUUUAGAAAGGGCCUAAAGGAGGUCAAAGGGAAAUAAUGGGAUAGAGGAGUAGAGAAAAGGAAGAAGGAGAUGAGGUUAGAAGUAGUUAGUAAGAGGUGUUAGGAGAGUAAUUGCUCUUUAAAGAGCUCUGUCUUCAGGAGUUUAUUAAAGAUAGAUUCUCCUGAUCUGGUAGUGGAAGGUAGUUUGUUCCACCAUUGGGGAACUCUGUAUGAGAACAGUCUGGAUUGCUUUGUAUGAAUGUUAGGCAAAGCGAGGCGACGUUCGUUGGAGGAGCGCAGCGGCCGGGAGGUAGCGUAAGCCUUGAGGAGUGAGUGCAGGUAGGAAGGAGCUGUUCAGUCAUCAUCUUGUAGGCGAUUGUAAGAGCUUUGAAUUUGAUGCGAGCAGCAACCGGUUGCCAAUGGAGCUCAACAAGCAGCGGAGUGACAUGUGCCCGUUUUGGCUGGUUGAAGACCAGACAUGCUGCUGCAUUAGUAGAACGUCUGGUCUAGUACUUAAGAUCAAUCGCUAAUUAAAGAGUGUUUCCCAAACCCUUGCGUAAGUAAAGAACUACGUUAACUCGUGAUAACGACCCAGUUGUUAUUCUGAAAGUAAUUUUUAAAUGGAUUCCGCUAGCAGUUCAGCACCUUACACAACAGAGAUCUGAGAAUUCUAAGAGAAAAUAUGUCAAAAUCAAUAAUUGUUACUACUUCUGUGGUUGAUUGUACGUGCAAGCAGUUAAUUCCUGCAGACAACACAGAUGGUCGCAGUCUAAGCUAAGCUGCUGUCUCCAAGUCUGUGCAUUCUGUUACUUUGCCAUGCAUGCGCCUAUAUUACAUUCCCUCAAGGCUGGGAAUUACAGACAAGAUAUAUUUUCAUGCCAUUUGGAACAUUCCUGGCACUGUAGGACAUGUUCACUGUGUAAACCCAAGUUUAAUUUUUAUACUGUCGUUCCAUUAAAAGAUAAAAGAAUUCCACCAACAAACCUGUAACAAUUAUUGUCAUUAAUUCCCAAAUGUUUAUUGUGUUUUGUUAAAAGGAAAGGUGAUGUAACACAGUGGUAAACAUGCCUCGGUCCCAAAGUUUUGGAGUGUGUUGCUGGCUCAAAAUAAGUGAACAUUUGCAAAAAACAAGUUUAUCCUUUUGGAUAUUAAAUAUCUUGUCUUUGUAGUGUAUUCAAUUGAAUAUAGGUUGAAAAGGAUUUGCAAAUCAUCGUACUCUGUUUUUAUUCAUGUUUUACACAAUGUCCCAACUUCAUUGAAGUUGUACUACUAUAAACAUUCUUUUUUCUUCCUUUUAUUUUAAUCAAUACCAUUGGUUAAAUACCAUGUCUCCAUUGUCAGCUCUAUUUCCCUCAACACAGGGUUACCCAGACCUCAACAAUCAGUGUUAAAUUCCUAUUAACAGUGAUUUAGAGGAGAUGCUAGUCAUAAACAACACGUGAGGGCAACAGAGGGGUCUCUUUUGGAGAUUUCAGUUAGCGGGUGUGUAGACUUGGAGGGUUUCAUCUUAGUUUGGUUUUGUUUUUUUUUUGUAUUGAACUAUUCAAAUAAACUGGAAAAACAAUU